AUACAGUGUGGAAUCAAGCUGUAAUCAAAAAUAAAAAAAAUAAAAUAAAAAUAAAUAUUAUGCAUUUCGUGUACUUACUUCCUUUGCUUUGUGUGCUACAUGGGGUGUGGCGACUUGAACUGCUGCACAUCGGUGCGAAGUUCUAUGUCGAAUACAGGCAGACAGUAUUGAGAACAACACGAUAACAUCAAGUUUAAAGUAACCAGUUGCCUUUGUUAAAUAAAACAAGUCAAUAAGGAGACUUUAAUCAUGUGAAACGUGUAAUGUACUCUGUGAAAAACAAAUUUCCGACAUUCUGAUCACACCCACAUACUUGUAAUACACACUUGCAUAGAAGAUAAUAGAAGGCAAAUGAUUACAAUAUAGGUCAUAUAGAUUUUUCAAAUUGUGCUUUGAUUUGAAAUUCUGAAAAAGACUUUAAUCCAUUUGAUAUGACUGGUUUCUCUAAUGCGAAAGGUGUUACGACAGAUAGGUUGAUAAUAUUUUCCUGAAAGAACUUGAAAUCCAUGCACAAUUUAAAAUUUUAUAUGACCAACUAAAGACUCGUGUACGCGUUUUUGAUGAUCAUCACAGUUGGUUCAAAGUAAAUUUAGUGGAUACUGCUCACCAAUUCUGUAAUGGCCGUAUAGCUCAGAAAAGUAUCUUAACAUCUGAACAAUUUAAAACUCUAAAAGAACUAAAGCACAAUAAUGGCAUCGUUCUGGUUCUCAAACCAGAUAACAGUUCUGGUAUAAUUGUAAUGAACGAAACUUGAUAUAUAAGUAAAAUGUUAUGUAUGCAUCCCCUUGUAAAUAAGGACGAGAGGUUCCCGAGCUCGUGAUCAUCUACCUGUGUGGUUAAAUUAAGGUGUAGUUAGAAGCAUCAAUAGCUCCAUAUUAGAACACCUGGUCCAAACCGCCCACAAAGCCAAUAACGAGAAGUCCUUUUCCAUCAUCCAAACGAAUUGCCAAAAAACAUCCAGGUACCGAAGACUGCAAACAGCAGAGGCUAUCGCGAUCCGCCUGAGACAACCGGUGCUCUGUGUGUAGAAGAAACAAGUCCAACCAUUAGUAUUGCCCUGGCCUGUUGUAGAGUUUCCAAAUUCAUAAACACCUUAUUACAUCGGCCUUUUGAUAUGACCCUCCAUCCUGUACAUAUAAAUUCCCCUACCCACUUGUCAUUACACUCACAUUAACUAACCUUUUGUUUUCUUAUUUAGACGUAGUUGUUAACUUACACACUGGCACAUACAAAGCGUAUAAAAUUCAACUCCAAAAGUCUUAUUUUCACUACCCUCGUCCUUGACAUGAUCACUCAUCCAUCUGGAGUUUAUUAUCAAUAUGAGUAAAAUUUAAUAUGAACAAAACCCAUGAAAAUUACUACUAUACAUUCGUUGUCAAUCAUAAUCACUUACUUUGUAAAAUUGGUUCACUUUAGUGCUGCAAUUUUACAUAUUACCACAUACACACAUAUAUUUUGGACAAUAAUCUAUUAACAAUCUAAUUGCAAAUAACGUUUGUAAUUCUGAUCUAAAUGGUUCGACGUUACUGUUUAAAAACCUACCAAUGUUUUCAAUAACUAUCACUCCUUCAUUACUAUGGAUGCCUUUAACUGUAGAACCUGAUGAUGAAGUUAUCGAAAAGAAUAUUCUUUGUUCAAUAAUCAGUCUUUUGUAAUUUCGAAUGGACAUCUUUAAUCAAUUUAAAAGAAAUAGUAAUAAAACUAUUGAUCAUAACACGAAUAAGAAGUUUACGGCAUUAGGGAUGUAUUGAGCUUGGGUCCACACUCCGUCAGUUGUUGGAGUACCAUCACACAUAUUUCGGGUCAACAACCAUUGUGUUUAUUGAUAUUAGUGCUGACUUCGAUUCUUUUAAUAGAAGUGCUCUCUCUCCCUCUCUAGAAUUUUCGGUUAGACAGAGGUGUACCUGUGAAGUUUGUUAUCGUCGUCAUCCUGAAAGCCUUAUGCCGAAACGGGCCAGUGGGAGUGAGGGCAUGCAACCAGCUAUCACCACUGUCACCAACCAACCUGGUAGUUAGACAGGGUUGUCCCAUUUCUGCGUUAUUUCUCUUUAACUUUGCCAGCGAUGACAUUUUGAGUCAGUUCUGAAGGACUUAUGUAGAGGUGUAAACCUGCAUCCUGGAGGACUUUUCCGCCUCUAGCAUGCAGACGAAAUCGUCUGACUGUGCAAUAGCCUGUUGGCUGCCCAAUUCACAGUUAAUGUGUUGGCGAUCAGUGUCUGUAAAUAUGGUGUGUGCGCUUUGCGCUGUCUAAUUGUAGAGUGGUGUACUCACCCUUGUGAGUGAACUUCAUAAACAUGUGUUGUGUCAAGGGACGUUUACAUAAAGAUGGUCAUACACACUAAUUGUUUAGACGUAUUGGAAGGUUCGUUUCAUUUAUUUAUUUAUUUAUUUAUUUCGAAGAGUCGUAACUCUGGCUAUGUAUGACUAUUAGGUUGGUCGAGAUAUUCUAAUUUUUAGGGUGUGUGUUUAUAUUCUCUUUUCAUACUGGCGGAUAAUGUUGCCAAUUAAAGUUAAGAAUCGAUUAUAUGUAACAACGUUGCUAACUAUGUACGUUGAUAUAAUCCUGAAGACUGACAAAUGCGCAUCAGUUUUUUGAAACCGAUCUACUAUUUGACACUUAUUACUCUGUCAGGAACUACUCACUACCGUUGUCUUUUCUCUAUCUGAUUCAUUCAAAUUAUGUCCUAUCUGUUUGUAUUAUCAUGUUUCAAAAAAAAUAUGGAACUCUCCAUUAUGUUCUGUUAUGUAAUUGAACUUAAGAUACGAAGUGAUUAUCAGCAAGGCAAAUGUUAGUAAAUGCCAGCUAUACUGACUAUUCCUUGUAUUUCGAGUAGAACAUCGGACUUCAUCGACACCAUUGCACUCGGUUCUCUGCCAUAACUUUCAAAUUACUCCAUGAAUACCCAAAAUUUUUGUGAUCUUCUUCAUCAGACGCCUAAGUUGUUCACUCGUAGAUCUUCCUACUCUCUUCUCUUACCUAGUACUCAAUAUUUUUCACCUUAUUUUGCCACUUCACACGGGAGAUAGAACGCAGGCACCUAUGAUCCAAGACAGCUGAUCUUUUCAUGUCUUCCACUCUCAAUGGCCAGGUCUCACAGCUGGCCAUAAAGGAGGAUGGAGUGGACUGCUGAACAGUACACUCGCCUUUGGUCAAUAGCCGGAUAUCACGUCUACGCUAGAGACACCGUAAACUGGCAUAUGCAAAACUAGCCCUCUGUAUCCGUGCUGAGAUUUCGUCAGAGAUCAACUCGUUGGGGCUGAUGGUGAGCGAGCAUGGGAUUAAUUAUCGAAUGUUGGUUUGCAGUGAUUUGAUUGGUUACAGGUGUCUAGCUACUAGCUUGUAUCAUUAGGCGGUUGCGUGUUGAUUUUUGAUGCCUUCAUUCUGUUUAAGAACACAAUAUUCUUCGAAGAGACACUCACCAACAACGAGUUUAUUAUCAAGCUGUACAAUCGUAUGUGUACACAUAUGGCUUUUAAGAAAUUAUAUCCAGUGAGGAAAUCACUUCAAAGGUGUGAAUAGAUGAAAUAAUAAUAGUAGCAAUAGUAUGAAAUGCAAUUAAAAUAUUUGUGAUUAUAAUCACAGUUAAAUGUCAAGUCGCAAAACAAUUAAUGUCAUAUAUAGAAUAAUGCAUAAGACGGGUGUAUAGAUGUUGUUUGGAAGGGGUGCAUAAUCAUAGAACUAGUAGACGAAUAUAAAAUGUUACAUAACAUGGUGUGAAAUUUGAUAAGAUAGUAUUCAAAAUUGUAAAAACACAUUUUGUAUUUCGAAUGACAAGUGUGAUAAGUGGAAACAAUUCAGAGUGAGAAUAGUAAUAACAAUAAUAAUAAGAAUUGAAGUAAUAUGGGAAAGGUACAUAGGUUAACUAAAUAAACAAAAUAAAUAAAUGUCUAUAAAUGCGAUUGUACAGCUAUGUGAAUGAAUUCGCCGUCGAAAAGAGUCUCUACGCUGAACGUCUUCUCUUUUUCAUAUGACUGAAUGGGGAUUUUCAAGCUACUUAAAUGUCUAUCCCUUUACGGCCAAGGCAGAAGUGGGGACUGUACAUACUUCUUUUGCACACAAAAGUCUGUCUUAAAGUCAUGAAUUGUCAAGGCAUCCUCUGUCUUUAGAAGUCUGUAACGAAGACAACGCCGCCAACAGGUUAGCAUGGAUUCGGUAGAUGAUCUUAAAAUCAUAUUCAGGGUUGUCAGAGUGAUAGAAGUCGAUCAGGUGUUCUAGAACAGAGCAUCGCACAUCCUUUGUUUCUCCCUUGUAAAACCAUGCUUCUGGAAUGUUCUCAUAUUUUUUAUGGAAAGCGUUCUCUGGCUACAGCCAAUGUACCUUGCUCGUCAAAAAGAGCAGGUGAACUUAUAGGUGCACAUGGAGACGGUCAGACGGGGGGGGCGGAGAGUUCGCCUUGUAACUGAAAGAUCCUGUGGUUCUAAUCCUGGCUGGUGUGUGCUAAUGAAGGAUUCAAAGCUAGGGCUAAACAAACAACUUUCCAGUGCCUUUUGGUUUUCUAAUACUCCUCUAAUACCGAUAUCAACUUGUAUUCAAAAUUGAAACCAGUCAAAUUUCCCCGACACUUGCAAAUUUUAAGAUUUUGUCAGAAUCAUCUGUUUUUACGAGUUGAUCACGAAUUGAUAUCAGUUAGAGAAACAUUGAAAAUAAACAGGCAGUACUAGACAGCUGUUUCAUCCUAGUUUGAGAAUUAUUGACAGUACACACUCAACUCACCAGGGUUCCAACUUGGGACCUUCCGGUUGCAUGGUAAGCUACAUCAUAGACCAUUUAGCCACUGGGAUCCGACCCGAUUCAAUGACCAGUGCAUGAAUUCUAACUUCUACCAAUUCCUGAUUUAGUGCGAUCCCAACCAAUGUCGUCGGUGGGACAUCUAUCCUCACACUUGACUGGAUGGACGUCGCUGGUCACGACUUCUCAAUAGAACUGACUCCAGGAAACUCUAUCCUGUAGCAAGUCACUAGCCGAGCAUCAGAUUAAAUUUCUAUGGUUGGUUUGACAUCAAUCCAUGAUCGACUCGUAAAAACAAAACUAACCCUUACAAAAUAAACUAUAGAAUCAUCUCUGCUAAAACCUCAGUAGUUUGUUUGCUUUCAUAAUUUUUUUUUAUUUUAUUGUCGUCUGAAAUAUUCUUGAAUUAAUUUUGUUUUAAUUAUAAAAAACCACCCGAUUCUUUAUAAAGUUUUAUGCCUUUUGUAAAAAUAUAUGUACACGUCGUAUAUGCAUGGAUCUGGUAUCAAGUGUCUCCGAAUACCCAUAUCAUCAUUGGUGAAAGCUUCUGCUGCUGCUGCUUCCGCUGCUUCUUCUUCUUCGUCGUCGUCGCCGUCAUCAACAACGACAACCGUGAAUGAAUCCACUGGUCAAAAAGUUUACAGUUUCACAUCAAGAUUACAGUCAUUAGCAGAUAAAAGUAAAAAUGAUAUUUUAAUGAAUCGUGACCCGUACUGUCCACCAAUGGAUGUUGAAUCACGUAUUCAAGCUUUGACCGAGAAAUUAUUGAACCUAAAGUUAUCUACGAAUAAUAAUAAUGAAAGCGCCGGUCGUCAUCAAUGGAAGGAGUAUCGUUUUCAGGAUAAUGCUGAAAAAUACAAAAUGUUUACCGCAUGUAUCAAUGAAUUCAAGCACAAUAUCGCUAACAGCUACCUUCAUGAAAUCAAUACAGUUGGUGAAUUAAUUGAUUACUUUUCAACACCAGUUGAAACACCUGAUUUCUUGUAUAAAAUAACCAAAGAUUCACAAGAUGGCAGUAUUGACUUGCCGGCUAAUUUGAGCAUCCAAGUUGAACCAUUACGUUAUAAUCCAAAUGAAGAUACAUUUUUUAAAGUUAACGCUUAUCCUGGUCGUUCAACAAUUGUUAGUGAUUUAGCUGCCUCGAAAAAACAUCCUAGUUAUCGUGUUAGUCGGAUGAAACGUCUUCGAAUUGAAUAUGAAGAUAUGUAAUCGUGACAACGUCAUCCAUCCAGUGUUGUAUAGUUAAACUUGUAAAUAAAACUUACUUUCAAUGAAAUAUAUUUACUCUGUUCUUAGUAAAGAAUGCAGUUUAUUUUUCUCCCUUGGUUUCGUAUGAGAAUGCAUGAAAGAAUGAAUUUUCAGUGUUAGAACUUUGCAAAGUUUAUCAUGGAGUAUUGGACUGCUGUUUCGUCCUGGUUUUAGACUUUUCAGCAGUACGAUAGAGUACGAUAGUGUAGCUCAGGUAAAUGAUUUUGAUGUGGUUGUGUUCUCUGAGCUGGAUAGUUGAUUUGCAAAGCUUUCAUCGCCCUACUAGGCAACAUCUUCAGCACAUACUUGAAUUUGAAUU